CCUCCUAGAAAAAGAGAACAGAAAUGAAGAUGACGACGAAUUCCGAAGAAGAAGAUUUAUUUCAAUUCCUUUACCUCCUUAGGAAUUCUUCUUCUUCAGAAUUCAGAAGUUGAUUUUCGGAAAGGAGAGAUUUCAUCAAAUCAAAAUCAAGGGAUUGGAAAUUGAAAUUGGGUUUUUUUUGAUUGAUUGAUUUCUAGAAGACAAAAAACAAUCGAAUCAAAUGGCUUCUUCUUCUUUAGGAAUCAGAUGUGGAGGUUCGAUUCUGAAAUCAUCUAUUGAAUCCUCAUCUUCAUCUUGUACUUGCCUUCAUUUUCAGAAUCAUCAUCUCAAAUUCAAUCAGCAGAAGCAGAAGAGACUCAGUAUACAAAGAUGUUCGGUUUUGAAUAAUCAUCACAGGGGAUCAGUAGUGACUAAUUGCUCUGCAUCUACAACAACAGCUUACUUGGAUACUGUUUUUGGAACAGAAAUGAAGAAGAAGGAGAAUCAACAGAUACAGAAUAAUGAAGCAGCAGAAGUUGUCAGAGAAAUCAAGGUUGGAGUGUAUGCAGAUGAGGACGAGGAUGAAGAGAAGGUACCUUCUGCUCCAAUCUCUGCUGACAAGCUUGAUGAGUGGAUGACAUUUUCAGUUCCUGAGAUUGUGAAGAACAUAGGAGAGGCUCCGCUACUGGUUCAUAUUUACUCAUCAAUAAGUAAAGGAGUUGGGGGAAUUUCAUCAAUUGGAUCUAAUUCUGCGUCUACUGCUGCUGCGGAACCAGUGCUUGAGAAAACAAAAGCUGACGCGGAGAGUUGGAAUGGUGUUACAAAGAGAUGGGAAGAAGGGAGUCCUGUACCUGAUGGUAUUAUCUUGGUUGAACAGCUAAAGGUUGAGGAGAAUGACGGUGGCGAGGAGGAUGAAAGUGACGUAAUUGCCGCUUCUGAUAUGAGUGGCGGUGGCAGCAGUAGCACGAAGACAUGGGGGGUGGUUAUCCAAGGGAGAGGAGUUGAAUCUGCAUCAUCUUGUUAUAUUCUGAAAACAUGUAGAGUUGGGUCAUCACUUGGGUUCUGCACUCACUUCUGCUUGGCUAGAGCCAAGUGUUUUGGCGAAAGCGCGGAUUUGCAGCUCAAGUACUCAUGGUUACUUGGUCAAUGAAUUCGCAAUUAGAACAAGGCCGUGACGGUGGUGCUGCGCGGAUUUGGGAGAAAGAAGCAGUGGGGGAAUGUACAUAGAUAUGAACAGUUUUAAAGGAGAGUAGUUGAUAUGAUUUAAUACCCUCAAAUUGGGUUUGUAAUUGUCUGGAUGAUUUCAUACAGCAAUACAAGAUUGAUGUAACAAAUGCUUCAUUCGAAUACAAAUAAAGUAGAACUUCUUAGGCAGCGUGCAAUCUCGCU